GGGGGCGCCUGGCUGGUCAGCGGCCCCAACCUGGGGGGUCCCGUAGCGGGCAGCCCCAAGUCUCGCGGUGCUACGGCUCGGACCCGGGAGCCGGGCCGGGCGCCCCCCGCCGCGCGACAAAGGCUGAACCGGGAGGAGGAGGCCGCGCCAGGAGGAGGAGCAGAUAGAGGCGGGGGCGACGGGCCGCGGCAGCGGGAAGCGCGGGGGAGCGGCGCCCGCCCGCGCCGUCCUUUGUGUGGCCGCGGCGCUGGCCUGCGCUGGUCCCGGCUGCGCGCCCGGCUCCGCGUCGCCCUCCCCGCCCUGCGCCCGGCGCGCGCCGAUCCUCCCAGCAAGAUGGCAACCCCGGCGGCGGUAAAUCCUCCGGAAAUGGCUUCAGACAUACCUGGAUCAGUGACAUUGCCUGUUGCCCCCAUGGCGGCCACUGGACAGGUGAGGAUGGCAGGGGCCAUGCCUGCCCGUGGAGGAAAGCGGCGUUCCGGAAUGGACUUUGAUGAUGAAGAUGGCGAAGGUCCCAGUAAAUUUUCAAGAGAGAAUCACAGUGAGAUUGAACGGCGCAGGCGGAACAAGAUGACCCAGUACAUCACAGAGCUCUCUGACAUGGUCCCUACCUGCAGUGCGCUGGCCCGGAAGCCAGACAAGCUCACCAUCCUCCGCAUGGCUGUCUCACACAUGAAGUCCAUGCGGGGCACAGGGAACAAGUCUACUGAUGGCGCAUACAAACCUUCCUUCCUCACCGAGCAGGAACUGAAGCAUCUCAUCUUGGAAGCAGCUGAUGGAUUUCUGUUUGUAGUGGCAGCUGAAACAGGGCGAGUGAUAUACGUGUCUGACUCUGUCACCCCUGUUCUCAACCAGCCCCAGUCAGAGUGGUUUGGGAGCACCCUUUAUGAACAGGUGCAUCCUGACGAUGUGGAGAAGCUGAGAGAGCAGCUGUGCACCUCAGAAAAUUCCAUGACAGGCCGAAUCCUGGAUCUGAAGACGGGGACAGUCAAGAAGGAAGGGCAGCAGUCAUCCAUGAGGAUGUGCAUGGGCUCACGGCGCUCCUUCAUAUGCAGAAUGAGGUGUGGAAAUGCUCCUUUGGACCACCUUCCUCUUAACAGAAUAACCACCAUGAGGAAAAGGUUCAGGAAUGGUCUUGGCCCUGUAAAAGAAGGAGAAGCCCAGUAUGCAGUGGUCCACUGCACAGGAUACAUCAAAGCUUGGCCACCAGCAGGAAUGACAAUACCUGAAGAAGAUGCUGAUGUGGGACAAGGCAGUAAAUACUGCCUUGUGGCAAUUGGGAGACUCCAGGUGACCAGCUCUCCUGUCUGCAUGGAUAUGAAUGGGAUGUCAGUGCCCACAGAGUUCUUAUCUCGUCAUAACUCUGAUGGAAUCAUCACAUUUGUGGAUCCAAGAUGCAUCAGUGUGAUUGGCUACCAACCCCAGGAUCUUCUGGGAAAGGAUAUUUUGGAGUUCUGCCAUCCUGAGGAUCAGAGCCAUCUGCGUGAGAGCUUCCAGCAGGUGGUUAAGCUGAAAGGCCAAGUACUGUCGGUCAUGUAUCGAUUCCGCACGAAGAACCGCGAGUGGAUGCUGAUCCGCACCAGCAGCUUCACAUUCCAGAACCCUUAUUCUGAUGAGAUCGAGUACAUCAUCUGUACCAACACCAACGUCAAGCAACUUCAGCAACAGCAGGCAGAAUUGGAAGUGCAUCAGAGAGAUGGGUUGUCAUCAUAUGACUUAUCUCAGGUCCCUGUACCCAACCUACCUGCUGGUGUUCACGAGACUGGGAAGACUGUAGAAAAGGCAGAUGCAAUCUUCUCCCAAGAAAGAGACCCCCGGUUUGCUGAAAUGUUUGCAGGAAUCAGUGCAUCGGAGAAGAAGAUGAUGAAUUCAGCCUCUGCAGCAGGAACCCAGCAGAUCUACUCUCAAGGAAGCCCGUUCCCUCCCGGUCACUCGGGGAAAGCCUUCAGCUCCUCAGUGGUUCAUGUGCCUGGAGUGAAUGAUAUUCAGUCCUCCUCCUCAACAGGCCAGAACAUGUCCCAGAUCUCCCGGCAACUAAACCAGAGUCAGGUGGCAUGGACAGGGAGUCGUCCACCCUUUCCAGGACAGCAAAUCCCAUCUCAGUCCAGCAAGACCCAGUCAUCUCCCUUCGGGAUUGGAACCAGCCACACCUACCCGGCAGACCCCUCUUCCUACAGUCCUCUCUCCAGUCCAGCUACCUCCUCGCCCAGCGGGAAUGCCUACUCCAGUCUUGCCAACAGGACUCCAGGGUUCGCUGAGAGUGGACAAAGUAGCGGGCAGUUCCAGGGGAGGCCCUCGGAAGUCUGGUCACAGUGGCAGAGCCAGCACCACGGCCAGCAGAGCGGUGAGCAGCACUCCCACCAGCAGCCCGGUCAGACUGAAGUGUUCCAGGACAUGCUGCCAAUGCCAGGAGAUCCCACCCAGGGGACUGGCAACUAUAAUAUCGAAGACUUUGCUGACCUGGGCAUGUUCCCACCAUUUUCUGAGUAACUGCGGGCAGAGCGAGGCUCCCACUGUAGAGUGCUACCCAAGCUGUGACAUCAUUGCCCAUGUGAAUGGGACCCCCCUAGCCUGGCUUGCCCUGAUGCAGGACCCCCCACCAAAAGCCCCUCACCCCCACAUUCCCUAGGCACAGCAUCACUCAGCUCUAAUCCACAGCCAUGGCUUCUCAGCCACUGACCAGGGACCCUGCUAUAUGUUUGGGAACUGGUUGUAUUUAUUGUAUUUUGUCUGUGUGUGCUUGGGAGGUGAGCCUAUUGGGUCCUUAAAUUCAGUUGUGAAUAGUCUCUUAAUAGAUAAUUUACUCACAUAAAAAGUUCAGUCGAUGCCUAGAGCUAUCAGCACACCAUCACACCGGCUGCGGGUGCUGAAUCACAUUUCUUGCUUUUCACUACUGUGGCUAGGUGGGGCUCAGGGUUUGGAAUAAGAGGCCAGAAGGAUGCCGAGCCUUUGUUCUGUGCACUGGAGCCAAGUGGCACAAGGACGCAGAGUGGACGCCCUUCAGCUCUGCUAAUCUGUCUGUGUGCCUGUUGUGCUGUGGGACAUAUUUACUUUGUGCAGUGAGACAUGAACUUUCUGUCCUAAUGAAUAUGUUGUGCCUCGUGUCCAACGUGUGUGGCCAGAGUGAGUGUAUAGAAUCCAAAGUCUGUAGUGAGUGUGAGAACUGAAACAAGUGGCCCCCAUCCCCAAGCUUAGGAGCACCCUGAUAGGAGGAUGCUCAUCCUCGGGCCUGGAAGCUGGACGAACUGGCAGGACUCAGCAGGCUGGCCCUUCAGCAGUGUCACAAGGAGCCAGUGCUGGAGACCUACUUACUUUAAUAGGUCAGUUCUUGGACUACAUGCCUGCUGUAGAUCCAAGCCCCUCCUUUUAGAGGAACCAACCCUGUCCUUCUCGUGGAACCUCAUAGGAGUGCUUGCCCUUACCACUAGGCUUGAACACGUGCUUCCAAUUCCAUAUAGCUGCCUCCAGCCCUGCUCCAUUGGGAGAGGGAGCUUUUCCCCAUCCAGAACCUACAGGAAGGCACACCUCGAGGUCACAGAGGCAUACAGGUGUGGAUGGCACAUGUAGGAUACCCAGCCUCAUCAGGUCCCAUGCCACAUUCUGCUCAGUGACCUGGAGGAAGCUUGGGACCAAUGCCUGUGUGGAGAAGUGCACCCUAGACCACUUUCCUCCUGGCCACCUGAGCCUCUGAGCUUCUCUUGGCAGCAGGUACAGCAGUACCUUGGGAGGGACAUGAUACAGGUCUGUGAGGCAGAAGAUUCAGGCUCUGGUUCUGGUUCCAACUCUGAUUCUGUCACAUGUCCGCCAGGGUCCUGAAUUCCUCUGGUGGUCUCAAGACAGGAAUGUGAUAUGUCUUCUAGAAGUUUCUACCUGGGUGACCCCUGAACUCAGACUUGAGGAGAUGAGUUUAGGACUCCAUCCCCCACUUUUCACGUUCCUGUUUCCUCCCAUACACUUUUCAUGGGCAAGGACUCUCUUAGCCUUCUGUAUUUCCUUCUUUUCCUGUCCAUCUUUUCUCAUCCCCAUCAGUCAACCCACUGAUGCCCAUGUGAGAGAGAAACCACACAAGUCCACAGGUGCAGGGGCCCACCUUGUGGGAAAACCCUGGCAGGUCCCUCCAGGGUCCCCUUGGGAACCUCUCACAAGCACUGUUUAGUGGUACAAUGCUCAGAAACAACUCAUUGUCCCUGCCUGUGGAUUCUGGCAUUGGUUCUAGGCUGCCUGAAAACAGAGUAAAUCCAGCAUGCAGGAAGGAGCUAGGGGGAGAAUUGCUUUGGUACUUUGAAGAUCUCGUAUUACACUGCAGCCUAUCUGGCAUCCAGGGAGAUCCAUGUGCCCUGUGUUUCUGUUGAACUUCACCUGGAAAGCCCAACAUCACCCAAUAGAAGACCAGUAACCAGCCUCAGUUUUAAGACUGGUGGAGCCCUGACUAGUUUCUGCAGUGGCUCUUAAUCCUUAUGUAGAUGAUAGUGACUGGUCCUAAGUGUAGGUGCAUGAAGAACUGGCUCCAACCCAGAGGCUUCCCUGCUACCCCUUGUGCCCUAACAUCAUCAAACUUGCCCUAGCCAUGAGCAUGAUUGUCUCCAAAAAAGACACAAAAAUAGCUUUUGGAGCAAAGAAGUGUUUUACAAUGAAGUAAAAAAUACACUUCAUGUGGCCUUUGGCUUGUAACUUCAUGAAUUUAGGGGUCUUAUGUUUGUUUUUGCCUUGUUUUUCAGAGGGAAAUCAGGGAAUUUUCUCAGGUGCCCACCAGAGGUGAACACCUUGGCCAUGACUAUUUCUUGGCACUGAGGGGACAUUGAAGAAAUAAAGGAUCCUUCCUCCUGGUGACCUUGCAUCUACUUUUCUCCUUUGAACAGGAAUUUAGGGGGUAGCCAACAAAGUUUUUAUUCCUAGGAGGUGACUGAAACAUUAUGAUUGAAUAGAACCAACCUUUCCUUCCCAGCAGACUUGCUGCUAGCCUUUAAGCUCGCUUUCCUUACCUAAGCAAGCAGUAGGUUUUCCAGAGAAAGGGACCAUGCAGUGGCUUCCUAAGCUGCUUCAAGGGCACAAAUGCAGCCAUACUGAGACUCCACCAAGACUGCACGAUGACUUGUGGGAGUGGCCAAGAAUGGUUCUAGAAUAUUAUGCCUAUGUGUCACUCCUUCCUAACUUUGCUUUUAGCGUUGGUUUCAGGGAACAAAAGAGCCAUUACAGCCACCUUCUCUACUUGCCAACACAUCCUUCUUUUAUGUCAGGAAUAGUAAGUAUUGCAAAUAGUAGGGAUGGAAGGAUUAUGAAAGUUAAUGGAACUUACACCAGGGAGCUUAACUGUUCUGUGUCAAAGAAGCAACUGUGUGUUCCCCAGAUUAGUCAGGCUUACAGAUAUUGGUGUUUCUAGUCAGUCAAUUUAACCAAGAGAUGAGGCAGGCCCCAGGAAAAUUAGUUGCUCUCUCCCUACCUGUAGUUCUUCAGCCAGCUGAUGAGCUCUAUGAGAACAGAGAUCAUUCACCUGCCUGGGCUACCUGCUUCUUAACAGUCAUGACCUGUCCCAUAAACAAGAACAAGCCAGUUACCCAACAACUCUAGCAGUAACAAGUCAGACUAGAAACGCCCUUAGCAUUACCAGAAAGGUGUUUGGUCAUUACGUUGCUGUGUCCUAUCUUACCAGGGAUCCAUGCUCCCCUAUGGCUAGUGAAUCCUGUGCACUGAGGAGCCAUAAGCCACCUUUCUGUCCACCCCCUCCUCCUCCACUGCCUGGACCCUGGACAGCUUGAAGAGCCUCACUUGAGGGUGCACACACACAUGUAGGUGUGUGCCUGGGUCUUGUGGCCAGAGCUGGUUUUAUGGCCAGACAACUAGCCAAAGUCUGUGGGACACUGACAAACAAAAUGGGGUUUUCAAGGCUGCACAGGAGUGGGCAGGUUGCUUCUAACAAUCUGUUUUCUUAAAAAAGAAAGAUUCCACAAGCAGGCUUUAGUGGACAUUAAGCACUUAAUCAUCUGUCCUUUAACCUUUCUUCUUAUGGAUGUGAACUGUGCUGUGGAUAAAUCAUUUGUAUUUCUUGAAUGUUCUCUAUGACUAACAGUUAUUAAGUCGGUUAUGUAUAUGUAUAACUAAUGUAAUUGCCUUUUAAAUUUUCAUUACAAUAAAAAUGACUUUGCUCUGAA